AGCCGCUGUCAGUGGACACCAUGUCCGGCGAUUCGCUGGCGUCUUGCUUAGCUCGGCUGGCGGCCGCAGCUGACGACCCGUCCGGGUUAAGCCACGCACUAAGCGCGCUCCGGAGUAAACAUGUGCAUCGUGCGGGGGGAAUGGGACUCUUCCGCAAAAACGGAGGUCUCACACUUCUUCUCGCACUCUUGACAGACCCGCCGCGCGCAGCCGCAUUGGGAGCUUCGCGCCGCAAUCUAGAGCUCGCGCUCAGCCUGCUGGCCAAUAGCUGCACGGAGCCUGGAAGUCGCGAACAGGUGCGGCAGUUGGGAGGAAUCCCUGCGCUUGUGUGUAUCCUACAGUCCGUGUGUGUAGACUCCGUGUUGAAUCGUGUCUCUCGAGCUCUUGGUAAUCUGGCCUUGGACCCACAAAACAGUUCAAUAAUUCACCAAUCAGGUGCGGUUUCCUCCCUAGUGCACAUCUUGCAGAGCUCACAGGAUGCUGGGUGUGUCCACAGCUGUUUGCGUGCUCUGCGUAUCCUGGGGGACUCUCCGGCACACCGUCUGUCCAUCUGUGAGCAGGGGGGGCUGUCCCCCUGUGUAUCUUUUCUCACAUCUCCAGACCCGGCCUUGGUGUGCGCAGCUGUUCGUGCUGUUUGUGAACUGAGCAGGAGUUGUUCUUUGGAUUGUGCAGAGCAGCUAAAUAAGGCAGUGCCAGUCCUAGUGGGCAUGGGACAGGGGGAAGAAGUGAAGCCAGUGGUACGCCAGGCAGCCCUGAGUACUCUGUGCAAUCUGUGCACUCAAGGGGCUAUGCGUCCAAUGCUUGGUAACGCAGGAACUGUUCGACUUUUGAUAUCAGAAAUAAGAAAUCUCCGUAAGUCGCCUACUCGCUGUCUUCCUUUGGUGAAAGCACUUUGUCUCUGUUGUAGAGAAGCUCUUAACCGGUUGAGAGUCCGAGAAGAAGGUGGUUUAGAACUUUUUUUGGAGCUCCUCAGAGACCCCCAGUAUCGCUGUUCACAUCCAAGAAUCAUUGCUGCUUUCUUGCAUUUCUGCCAUGACAUAGCAGCUCUUGUGCUUUUAGGCAUGGGAGGUUUGGCUGUCCUCUUGGCAGAAAGACUGGAGGAUCUGGCAAAGUCUGCAGAGAUGAAGGGGGAUCUGCCGGAACCUGCAAGCGUUGUAGACAAAGAAGAGGAAAGAGCAUCUGCAUCAUUUGAUUUCCCCCCUGAGCCAAAAAACAAAAGACCUAGGGAAAGCAGGACAUCCGAGGACUGUCUGAGGUCCUGGCUACUGUCAGAGGGCUUUAUAGGCAGCUUGGAAGAAUUGUCACCUGAGUGGUCUCUGGACAGUGAUACAAGUGGAUGUUCUGUAUUAGAUGAGGUGUCACCACUCACAUACCCUGACCUUCCUGCAGCGACUUGUGUACCUGUUGUCCUUCCCCCUGACACAACCACUGGCCCUCCCACUGCUCUAACCACUAGCAAUUCCGACCAUUGUUCUGCCACGCCUGCAAGUGCCAGCCUUGCCUGUAUAAACCCUAGUUGCCUUGACCUGCUGGCAACAACCUCUGUACCCACUAGCCAGUGUUUAAUCACUCCAGUAAUUGACCAAUGCCGGUCUCUCCGCAAAUCUGCUGGCGUUGCCACUGGUCUGCCUUUAGUAACCCCAACAUCCUCUAAUCGCUCUGUGGCUCCCUCUAGGAGUCUGUGUUCUUUAAAACCCACAUGUUUAAAUCUCUCCUCUUCACCUGUAGAAUCUCACACCAAAUCUGAUGCAUACAAAGUGAUCCCUUCACAGAGUAGGGGAAGCCGAUUCCUGGAAAUAAAGAAGAGGCCAGUUCCAUCUUCCCAGCAACUAUCCUCUCCAGUGCAGGAGAUCCUUAAAUCCCCCUGGCCUCUUAAAUCCAGUUGGUCUCCCCCCACUGAGUAUUGGCGUCCUGAGGUUCCCAGCCUGCUUCUGUUAUCAAGAUUUUCUCAGCUGGCAGAUGCCAGUUCCAGUCUAGUGUCUCCCCAAGUCCUUAGUUGUCUCCUGACAUAUGUGACCAUUCACCCAUACCCUUCCCCAAGAGCUGCUCGUCUCCUACAGCGUCUGACCUGUGAUCCCUCUUGUCUGGAGGCUUUCAUCCGCACUGGGAGCAUCUGUACUCUCCGAGCAAGGCUGAUUCUUGACGAGUCGCCAGAUGGGUCACAGAGCUGCAGGCACCCGGAGCGGACAAGAGAGCUGGGUCAUGUUUUGCUGCGUAACCUGUGUAUUCAGGCAGAAUCUCCCUUUGGAGUGGGUACUGUGACCCAUAUGCUACUAUCUGGGUCUCAGAAUGAGCGUCAGCAGUGUGCACUUUCCCUGCCCUAUAUAUACAGGAAGGACUCUUCCCACCGCCAGCAACUCCUAGAGGGAGCCCUCCGUCUGAUCCUAGAGCCUCUAAUGGAGUGUGUGGAUUCAGUCUUUGCAUUUCAUGCAUCAGAGUGCCUCUCAUACCUCUCUCACCAGAGCCUGUCUGCCCCUUGCCCCUCUCCUCCAAUACCACCAUUGCACUGCUUGUACUUGGAACGAAUUUCCCACGGAGGAGACGUGGUGUUUGUACUGGAUGGCGGGGAGUGUGUAAUGGGGAACCGGGAAGACCUAAUCAGCAGCUGUGAGGUGUUUAGGGCAAUGUUAGAAGGUGGAUAUGCAGAAUCCCACCAAAUGAAAAUACGUGUACGUGAGGUUCUUGCCUGUGCUUUUAUUCCGUUAUUACAUUACCUCCAUGGCUGUGCACAGAGGUCUCCAUGUCCUUUGCUUCAGGCACUAACGCUGCUUUCUCCAGGCCAAGAGCUGGCACAAUCUCCUCUGGGGUCCACACUAGCAGCAGCUGGACGUUUCCUUGUACCUGGGUUACAGAUACUGCUAGAGAGCAUGGUGGGAGAGCAUAUACUGGCUUUAGAGAACCUAGCCUCUAUCUACAGAUUUGCAGAGAUACACGAGAGCCCUGGGCUUAGGAAAGAUUGCUGCGUGUUCCUCUUGAAGAGACCUCAUCCUCCUCGUAAGCGAUCUCAGUGCCUCCUUCAGUUGUGUCAGACAGCACAAGACAAGCAGAAACUAUCACAGUUAUUGGAAGAAACUGUUCAAGAUACACACUAAUUCUACAGGCUGGUCCCCUUGUCAUUCAUUUAAUGGAUUAGCCUCCUUUCCCAAGCUUCACAGCUACACCUUAUUGUACAGCCAAAUACAUUAUUUUCUAUCCAGCUGCUCUGUAUGCUGUCCCUCACAACAAUAUAAUACUCAAUGGAAGUUACCUGUACCUCAAAUUCACCUUCUGAUUCACGUCCCUAAUUCAUCUGCAGAGCUUGGUGGCUGCUGGUAUCUCUUCCCCACCUACUGGGCAGAGCCUGGCAGCUUUCCUUUCUCUACCCUCUCUUACCCCAGUGCCAGCUAGAUUUGACAACUACCUACGGCUCAACAUCUGCCAAUGUCUUCCUCUUUGCUCAUCUCCACCUUGUGUGUGCUGGGGCCCCCUUUCCUGCCCACCUCUAGUCCAUUGUCUUCCAGCUUACCCUUCUGACCAUUUUUACCCUAGUGUCUUCCAGCUUCCCCACCUACCUACAGCUCCACAUCUAGCAUUCUCCUUCUCUGCUCCUCUCUAGCCUAGUGUGUGCUGGUGUCCUGCUCUCUGCCUACCUCCAGUCCAGUCUUUUCCAGCUUUCCCUCUUGCCCACUUAUACCCUAGUGUCAGCCAGCUUCCCUACCUACAGCUCCAAAUCUGCCAGUUUUGUUCUCUGCUCAUAUCCAACCUAGUGUGUGCUGGUGUCCCCCUCCUUGCCCACCCCCAAUCCAUUAUCUAACAGCUUUCCCUUCAACCCCCCAUACCCCAGUUCCAAUCGGCUUCACUGCCAACCUAUAACUCAACAUUUUCCAGUCUCCCUCUCUGCCCACCUCCAACCUAUUGUGUGCUGGUGCCCACCUUCAGCCCAGUGUCGGCAUCCUCUCUUCUCACCUACCUUUAGCCUAGCAUAUACAGAUGAAACCCAAACCUACUCAGUCCAUUAUAGCUACAGUAUUGUGCCAAUUACCCCAACACACUGAUGGCCCAGUGUUGGCUAUAUACAUUUAUCGCAAAGCAUCAGUCCUCUCUCACUAUAAAACACAUGGCAAACUAUGGAGCCAGUGGCCAAAAAUAGCCUAGCCGUUUUUUCCCUUGGUUUUCUCUGCCAUUUUUCUGAUAACUAGGUGGUCACUGAGUAUGUUGGUUAUGAUUACUGUAACCCAUGUUGGGUAUGAAAUAAAACUAUAUAUAAAAUUUA